AUGUCUACAAGCGAUACACAACAACAAGUAGAAGUUGAUUCCAAAUCUGCCUCGGCUAUAGCAUCAAAACUACGCCAUCAUCCAGAGUUAAAACAAAGGAAAGGGCUAUUCGAAAAUCGUCAGGUUGAAUUUUUCAAAUACAAAAGAUUCAUUCGUUCCUUGAAUUCACCAGAAUAUACUAAAUUAAGCUCUUCCAAUUUUACUCUAUACCCACCAAUCGAAUCAGAUUUGGAUGCCAAACAAAUUUUCAUUGGUUUAAUCAAACAACAAUUGAUUGUUCCGUGUAUUAAAUUACAUCACGAUGAAUUAAAGGAGCAUAAUCUGGCUCCAAAUAAAGAUUUUCCUCAAUUUUUAUUGAGUAACAGGGCUUUAUUACAACCAGACGAAUAUUAUAUUUGGAACUACAAUCCAAAGAGUUUUAUGGAUUAUUUAAUUGUUUUUGGAAUAUGCAGUGGUGUAUUGACCUUGGUUUGUUAUCCAUUAUGGCCUUUGAAGAUGAGAUUGGGUGUUUAUUAUUUAUCUUAUGGUGUUUUAGGUUUAUUAUUAGCAUUUUUGAUUUUAGCUUUAUUAAGGUUAUUCAUCUAUUUAUUGACACUACCUGUUUUUACUACCGAAGGUGGGUUUUGGUUAUUUCCAAAUUUAUUUGAAGAUUGCAGCGUUUUGGAUAGUUUCAAGCCGCUUUAUGGUUUUGGUGAUAAGCAAUGUUAUAGUAGUGUCAAAAAAUUGAAAAAGAAGAAGAAGAGAGAUUUACAAAAUCUAAUAAAGAAACAUAAUUAG